UCUACUGCCACGUCAUGUGUCUUCUCAGUCAUGUUGACACUGGUCUACUACCAGGUCAUGUGUCUUCUCAGUCAUGUUGACACUGGUCUACUACCAGGUCAUGUGUCUUCUCAGUCAUGUUGACACUGGUCUACUGCCAGGUCAUGUGUCUUCUCAGUCAUGUUGACACUGGUCUACUGCCAGGUCAUGUGUCUUCUCAGUCAUGUUGACACUGGUCUACUGCCAGGUCAUGUGUCUUCUCAGUCAUGUUGACACUGGUCUACUGCCAGGUCAUGUGUCUUCUCAGUCAUGUUGACACUGGUCUACUACCAGGUCAUGUGUCUUCUCAGUCACGUUGACACUGGUCUACUGCCAGGUCAUGUGUCUUCUCAGUCAUGUUGACACUGGUCUACUACCAGGUCAUGUGUCUUCUCAGUCAUGUUGACACUGGUCUACUGCCAGGUCAUGUGUCUUCUCAGUCAUGUUGACACUGGUCUACUACCAGGUCAUGUGUCUUCUCAGUCAUGUUGACACUGGUCUACUACCAGGUCAUGUGUCUUCUCAGUCAUGUUGACACUGGUCUACUACCAGGUCAUGUGUCUUCUCAGUCAUGUUGACACUGGUCUACUACCAGGUCAUGUGUCUUCUCAGUCAUGUUGACACUGGUCUACUGCCAGGUCAUGUGUCUUCUCAGUCAUGUUGACACUGGUCUACUGCCAGGUCAUGUGUCUUCUCAGUCAUGUUGACACUGGUCUACUGCCAUUGCUUUAAUGUAUUGUUGUUCUCAUGAAUAUUGUUGUUGUGUCACGACUUCCGCCGAGGUUGGCUCUCCUGCCCGUUCAGGCGGUGCUCGGCGGUCGUCGUCACCGUCCUACUAGCCACUACCGAUCCCUUUUCGUGUAUCUGUUGGUUUUGUCUGAUUGGUUUCACCUGUGUGUUGUUUAGUUUAUUAGUGGCUGUAUAUAUAGUAGGUUGACCCGCCCUUGUUUUGUGUGGGAUUGUUUAUUUGUCAUCUAUGUCUGUCGGUGUAUCUUGUGUUCUUAUUCUCCAGUUCGUCUGUUAUCCUGUGUGGGAUUGUUUAUUUGUCAUCUAUGUCUGUCGGUGUAUCUUGUGUUCUUAUUCUCCAGUUCGUCUGUUAUCCUGUGUGGGAUUGUUUAUUUGUCAUCUAUGUCUGUCGGUGUAUCUUGUGUUCUUAUUCUCCAGUUCGUCUGUUAUCCUGUGUGGGAUUGUUUAUUUGUCAUCUAUGUCUGUUGGUGUAUCUUGUGUUCUUAUUCUCCAGUUCGUCUGUUAUCCUGUGUGGGAUUGUUUAUUUGUCAUCUAUGUCUGUCGGUGUAUCUUGUGUUCUUAUUCUCCAGUUCGUCUGUUAUCCUGUGUGGGAUUGUUUAUUUGUCAUCUAUGUCUGUCGGUGUAUCUUGUGUUCUUAUUCUCCAGUUCGUCUGUUAUCCUGUGUGGGAUUGUUUAUUUGUCAUCUAUGUCUGUCGGUGUAUCUUGUGUUCUUAUUCUCCAGUUCGUCUGUUAUCCUGUGUGGGAUUGUUUAUUUGUCAUCUAUGUCUGUCGGUGUAUCUUGUGUUCUUAUUCUCCAGUUCGUCUGUUAUCCUGUGUGGGAUUGUUUAUUUGUCAUCUAUGUCUGUCGGUGUAUCUUGUGUUCUUAUUCUCUGGUUCGUCUGUUAUCCUGUGUGGGAUUGUUUAUUUGUCAUCUAUGUCUGUCGGUGUAUCUUGUGUUCUUAUUCUCCAGUUCGUCUGUUAUCCUGUGUGGGAUUGUUUAUUUGUCAUCUAUGUCUGUCGGUGUAUCUUGUGUUCUUAUUCUCCAGUUCGUCUGUUAUCCUGUGUGGGAUUGUUUAUUUGUCAUCUAUGUCUGUCGGUGUAUCUUGUGUUCUUAUUCUCCAGUUCGUCUGUUAUCCUGUGUUGGAUAAUUUCACCCUGUGUUUAUUGGGUUGACCGUGUUUCUUGUUCACCGGAGAAUAAACUUUCAUAUCGCUAUCUGCUCUCUGCGCCUGAUUCCACCCACCUUGAUUAGACGUGACAUGUUGUAGUUGUUGUUAAUGGUAAUCCCAUGUCCACUACUACUAUUAUUAUUGUUGUUGUAGUUGUUGUUAAUGGUAAUCCCAUGUCCACUACUACUAUUAUUAUUGUUGUUGUAGUUGUUGUUAAUGGUAAUCCCAUGUCCACUACUACUAUUAUUAUUGUUGUUGUAGUUGUUGUUAAUGGUAAUCCCAUGUCCACUACUACUAUUAUUAUUGUUGUUGUAGUUGUUGUUAAUGGUAAUCCCAUGUCCACUACUACUAUUAAUAUUGUUGUUGUAGUUGUUGUUAAUGGUAAUCCCAUGUCCACUACUACUAUUAUUAUUG